AUGGCAUCUGCAUCAACAAAAUCAAAGGAGAAGGAAACCAUUGAUAGAGAGUUGGAGCAGAGCAAAGAAGAGCUUAGAAAGCAACGAGAGGACUGGGAAAAGAAACAAAAAGAAUGGUGGGACAAACGAAAUCAAGAAGAUGAUCAGAAACGACAGGAGGAGAAAACAAGAAUAACAAAGCUACAAGAAGAAUACGAGCAGGAAAGAGAGAAACAUGAAAAGAAAAGAAAAGAAGAAGAUCGAAUCAGAAGAGAACAGGAGGAGAAGGAGAGAAAAAAACUGGAGGAAAACUAUAAGAAGAAACUGGAGGACAUUAAGAAGGAAUAUGAAGAGGAGGCCAGAAAACAAGCUGAAGAGUUCAAUGAGUUUAGAAGGAAAUACACCAAGGACUUUGCAUCGUUGGUCGAGAAGCACAUGGAAGAAAUCCAGGAAUUGAAGCAAAAGCAUGUGAGACAAAUGCAGGAGAAGGAAGAGAGCAACACCCAACAGUAUGAUCUGUUACAAGACCUCUCAAGUCACAAAGAAAAAAACCUGAAAGAAGAAACAGAGGAGUUAAAGAAGAAGCAUGAACGAGAAAUGAAAGAACUGGAACAGAAAUACAAAGACAAAUGUGUCAUCCUCUGAACCCUCUUCCCAUCCCCGCUUGAUUAUUAUGAUGCUACUUUUUAUUUAAACACAAUUUGGACUGGACUAUUAAACAGUGUCUUCACUUAUAUAGUGCUUUUAUCCAAAGCACUUUACACAACAGACUCCCGAUUCACCUGUUCACACACACACACACACACACACACACACACACACACACACAUUCAUACUGAUGGCCGAGGCUAUCCUAAACAGUGAACCUGCCACUGUUGGGAAUUAAUUCACAUUCACGUUCUGUUAAUUCACUGCUCUUGAAUAAUUCACAUAUUGUCAAAAUGUCAAUAUCCAGUCAGUUACUGCCACCACGUAACAGUACCUACAUUGUAUCUGUCAUCUUUUUGUGUGUUUUAUAUAGAAAUCUUAAAAGAUUCAGAGUGCAUUCAUACUGUUAUUCAGCCACAAGAGGGUGCUCUACCUCAGGCUUGUUCUUAAAGUGUUGAGAUUCCUGUUCAAAGAGCUACAGCCUGACUACAGUUUGUCACCAUCACUUAUCAUUUAUAUUCUUCUUACAUCAUUUGUAUAACUAUUUGUUGAAUUGGUCAGAACUUCUGGUUUACAAUUUUCCUUGUUAUUACACUCAACAAUACU